AUGAAUUGUUACUUCUGCGAUCAAGCUCUACCAACGAAAGACAAACUCAAAACGCAUAUAAGCCAACAUUUGGAACGAAUAGCUUUCACCGUCCUUGCCAAACCUUAUCAGAAAUGGCACUUUUACGACGAUCUUGCCUCUGAAGGGUCAUCCGCACCUCCCAUGGAGCUGAGCGCAGAGAUCGCUCAUCUCAUUUGCAACGACUCCGUCACCACUGUGAAGCAACUACUCAAGGAUAGGAUCCUCACGAAGACACUCUGCGGAAACACCGCCUUGUGGCUGGCUUCUCAGCAUGGAAAAGAAGUGAUUGUGUGGCUGCUAAUACAGCACGAGUUCGAUGUGAACGAAAAAGAUCCACUCAGCAACGGGAAGACUGCACUCCAUUUUGCUGCCGAAGCGGGUCAUACGUCAGUUGUCGAGUUGCUUUUAAACGCCGGAUCUGAUCCGGUGGCAAAGCUUGACGAUGGCACAAUGGCGAUGUACCUUGCAGCCCAGUAUGGCCACAUUUCAACUAUUCGGAUUCUGUGGGAGCACCAGAAGGAACGUCUUCGAGAUGGGAUCAAGAAUGACUUGCACCAGGCCUGGAUCUUCGCAGCAGAACACGGCCAUUCUGCAUGUCUGGGAGCAUUGAAAUCAAUUUUUGAAGAAUGUUACUCCAGAAAUCUGCUUAGCAAAUGGGACCUGCGCUAUUCUCUUCCAGAAUGGAUCUGUGACGGGGUUGAGGCAGCUCUUGAGAAAAACAUGCAGAGCACUAUUGAAGAGAUCACUAGUUACGCCUGGAACCCUCCACGAUUACUUGAUUACUUACGGUCCGAGACAUCCUCAAGGACAGUUCGUUGGGUCUGGUUGUCGCUCGGAAAGAGCGCGCUAAGCCAUUUCAUUCUAUCAAACCCUUGGCUGGAGCGAGACUGGCUUCCCACAGAUCCCUCAUUUCCUGACGGCCUAACCGAUGAAGCCUUCAGGGAUAUCAGCAACACCCUCCUCAUCACGGCACAGGAUCCGCCGGGACUACCGUCCCGAUAUAGGAAGAAACUGGUCAUCCCUGAUGUCGAUCACCUGCAGACGCUUCUAAAACAACAUCCCGAGUUCAUACAGUUGAUAUACCUGGAUCUUGCCAGAGAAGGUGAUUGGUAUGCUAUGGUUGCAUUGCUGGUAAAGAAUCUGACACCCCAUCCGAAAACCCUAACUACCCUGGUUGAAAAUAAAGAACAGGGAGUCGCCGAUCUUAUCAAAUACUUCUCGUCGCACUUCAGCGAGAUUGAUAGGCUCACCGCGCUUCUUUCUGCCGUCAGGAAACGUGAUUUCAACAUUAUCAAGUUGUUUAUUAAAGCUGGUUCUCUCCCGACCUUGCCCUCCGCCGAAGCAGACAAGUUACUGUUAGCAUGUGCUAAAACAGGAUUCAGGCGCCUGCUCAAAGAACUACUCAACCAGGGAACUCCGUUGUUCUCUGCCGCUGGAAUAGCUGCUGCAAAGUCCGCUGCGAAUGGGUACCCUGAGUGGGCAGAGCUACUGGAUCAUUUCCAACCUUUGCGAGUAGCGACAUAA